AACUCUGAAUCAGUAGAGAGAGAAAUUAUUUAGAGAGAGAAUCUAGAGAGAGAAAGAAGAAAAAGUAGAGAGAGAAUUCAUCUUGAGCCCGGUUGUACUCCCCCACAGGAGUGCUUGGCUCUCUCUCUGUCGACAGCAUCGUAUUUAGAGAGAGAGAGAGAGCUAUUGACGACGAUGUAUACGAGUUCUGACGAAUGCUGCGGUGGUUUCUUCAAAAUCAAAUAACUACUCAGAGAAUUGUAAGAACUCACUUCAACAUCUCUCUAUUGAUUUCAUUAUUGUGUUUGAAGUUAUCGGAAAACAGUUUAGUGAGCGAGCAUUAGUCAACUUACAGAAGAAAUGUUGUUCUUCAUUUGAGAUUCAGUUCUUCGAUCAGGCUAAUCAAACGAGGAUCUGCUUACUGGAAUAAUCGAGGUGAAAAUUGCAUACAUGAAAGGUGAACAUAAUAAGUAGAUUUUUCUAGCAUUGGAGAAAAAUGAAAUCGGACACGAUUCUUGAUUACGCAGUUUUCCAGUUGUCUCCAAAGCGGUCGAGAUGUGAAUUAUUCGUUUCUAGUGGUGGAAGGACUGAGAAACUCGCAUCAGGAUUAUUAAAACCCUUUGUGACUCAUUUGAAAGUUGCAGAAGAACAAGUAGCAUCUGCAGGCAACUCAAUUAGGCUUGAAGUGAAAGGAAGCAAUUCUUCUGAAACAUGGUUCAACAAAGCAACACUUGAGAGGUUUGUGCGAUUUGUUAGUACUCCUGAAGUUUUGGAAUUAGUUAAUACACUCGAUGCAGAAAUGUCUCAGCUGGAAGCAGCUCGGAGGAUAUAUGCUCAGGGAUCAGGAGGUGGGGAUGGUCUCACAGAAGCUGCUGAUGCAACAAAAAAGGAACUUUUAAGGGCUAUUGAUGUACGGCUUGAUGCAGUUAAGAAGGAUUUGACAACUGCUUGUUCUCGAGCUGCAUCGGCGGGUUUUACUCCUGACACAAUUUCAGAACUUCAGCUAUUUGCGCAUCAAUUUGAGGGCACUCGCUUGCAUGAGGCAUGUAAUAAAUUCAGAUUGCUGUGCGAGAGGAGGUUAGACCUUAUUGGUCCCUUUAAGGUUGGAACAGAAGAUCAAGCUGUCCGAUCUUCUUAUGGAUCAGACAUGUCAAUUGAUGAAGACCACAAUGAAGAAUUCUCCAGAGGUCCCAGUCGGCUACAACAUUCAACAAAUAAUCAGCAGCCGACUUCUGCGGAAGCAGAUUCCAUUGAACAACAUGAUGAAAUGGAGAAAGCAAAGGCCUCAUGGCAAUCCAAAAAGUCACUGUCCGCCCCAUUACGACGUAGCGAGGACUCAAGCAUCAAUAGGGAUGAAAGUAAAGAUAAGGACAGUCUUUCUGAGGCAGAAAAGGGAGAGGAUAAGUCUCCUCAACUUCAAGCCUUUCAGAGCAGUCAUCCUGCAAGGCGUCUUAGUGUUCAGGAUCGAAUCAACAUGUUCGAGAACAAGCAAAAAGAGACUUCUGGUAGCAAACCAGCUGUUGUGAAGCCAGUUGAGCUUAGGAGAUUAUCCUCUGAUGUCUCAUCAGCUCCAGCUUCUGUUGAGAAGAGUGUUUUAAGAAGAUGGAGUGGUGCGAGUGACAUGAGUAUAGACUUGAGUAGUGAAAAGAAAGAAAUGGAAAGCCCCCUCCCUACACCAUCAUCUUCUUCCGUUUCUCAAAGCAAAGAUGAGGAAAGCAAGAAUAUGACUGGCAUGGUGAUUUUGGAUCAGUCGAAGAAUAAGAUGACUUCAGGUAGAGAAAACCCUGGCACCGAGGAAGGAAUUGCUCCUAAGAUGCUUCCUUCUUUUAAUUCAGAAGAGACUUCUUCAUUGAACAAGUUUAUAUCUACAGUUGAAAGAGGUGAAUCAUGUAGGAUACAGUCCAAGUCCUCUUCGACCAGAUUUGAUGAUAGGAGCUCUAAGGAUCAGGUAGUAGCCCAAACCACACCCGGAUCUUUGCGUGUUGGUGGAGAAGAGCAGUAUGCUUCUACAAAUCAAGGGAAAUUCGACUGUUCAAUUUCUACAGAGAGCAAGAUUACCGAGUUCAAGGACCAACCUAAAAAAGUGCUACUACCUCCCUGUGAACCAUAUCAGCAUUCAGAUGGUGAGUUUGAGAACACAGUGGAAGAUGAUGACCAAGGAGGCCCGCUAGUUUCUGAAUUCAAGGCCUCCAGUAAGAAAUCUACAGGAUACACUCAGUUGGAAGGUGGUUCAGGAUUUACAUUAAACCAAGAUUCUGCAAUCCGUUUUAAGAAGACUGAGGGUGAUCCUUUGCCUACUGAUUCACAUUCAAGAUACUUGGGAGAAGCUGAGGAUAUGGGAAAGGGUAUAGUAUCGUCUGAUAAACAACCUGUCAAUUUUACCAAGAAGGCAUUCCAAAAAAGGGUAUCUUCUUCGGAGCAGUUGAAGAUGAUAACUAGUGCCAGGGGGGAUGAAGUCACCUUCAAUUCUGGAAAUACUAAGUCCAAUAAAAUGGCUUUGGAUGAUGAGGAUGAAUAUGACUCUGUACAAAAACCAUCUGGAGAACAACUUCAGAGAGUUAGACAGACGAAAGGUAACCAAGAACUUAAUGACGAGCUGAAAAUGAAAGCAAAUGAACUGGAAAAGCUUUUUGCUGAGCAUAAGCUUCGUGCCACAGGUGACCAGCCCAAUUCUGCACGGCGAACUAAACCUGCUCAGAAAGAACAAUCAAGUAACUCUCUUUACGGAAAAGCAACAGUUCAAAGUUCUCCAGUCCAAUUGCCUGAUUUGGGCAGCAUGUCUAUAUUUUCUACGCCAACAAAAUUGUCAGGACAGGACGGUGUUGACACUUUGAAGCAAAAUACUUCCGGGCUUGAUCUUUCAGAGGAUUCUAAAGGAAAAUUCUAUGAACGGUAUAUGCAGAAAAGAGAUAGCAAACUUAGGGAAGAAUGGAGUACCAAAAGGGUAGAGAAGGAAGCUAAAAUGAAGGCUAUGAAUGACAGCCUUGACCAGAAUAGGGCUGAAAUGACCAAAUUUUCAGGUUAUGUGGAUAAACAGGAUCCAACAUUUAGUGCUCGUCGACGUGCAGAGAGAGUUAGGUCCUUUGGUACACGUUCAUCUGGAAAGGCAGAGCAGUCCCAAGUAGAUCUUGAGCAGAAUGAAGAUGAAGAAUAUCUAUCUGAAUUUGCUGAAGACAAACCUUUUAGUUUUGAUAGGUCUCUUGCUGAUGCAUCUACCGGUGACGGUGCUUCUAGAAGCAUCCCAGGAAGGAAGCUUCAACCUGGUCGGAAUUUAUCUUCCACUCUCGCCCGUGCAUCAGUUACAAAGUUUGCUAACAAACCUCAAAACUCUAGCUCCCAAAAACGUAGAUUGCCAUCUGCGAAUCCACUCGCACAAUCAGUUCCCAAUUUCUCCGAAUUAAGGAAGGAAAAUGCAAGGCCUUCACCUGGAGCUACAAAAGCAAUCAGGCCACAAGCUAAAAGUUCUACCCGCAAAAAUAUCAAUGAAGAUAGACGGCCACACUCUACUAGAAUGAAUUCAGCCGGCCCUGCUGAGUUCGACUCCUCCCUUCUGAAUUCAGGCGGAGCUGUGUUGACGCCACUCAAAUUCGAAAAAGAUCAUUCUGACCAUCUUACCCAGGACAAAAUUAAAAAGGAUACAGAGACAAAGCCUUUCCUCAGGAAAGGUACUGGAAUCGGUGCUGGAAUUGGUGUAGCGAAGGUGAAGUCUUUGAAAACAUCGGAGUCUGUGGACAAUGAAGAAGAGUUGGAUAAUAAUGAAGCUUCAACAGAUGUGGAUCAUGUGGAGAAAGAUGAAGAAGAUGAAGAAGAAGAAGGGUCAGACAGUAUGGUGAUUGAGGAUGAUCUAGAUGAUCUUGAUGGUAUUAAUAAUAAUGAUAAUAUUGUAAAGCCUAGAUUGAGUCAGGACACAACAAGCAAGUCGGUUAAUUCUGAAUCAGAAAGUGGCGAUGAUGUUAAACUUACUCAUGUGACUGAUAUGCCCUCUGCUUUGAUAUCAAGUUCACACGUUUACAGUUCGAUGCAAAACUCUCCCGGUGAAAGCCCUUUGUCAUGGAAUGCGUAUGCUGAUGUUGAUGCAUAUGCAGACUCUCCUAUUGGAAGUCCGGCUUCAUGGAAUUCGCGAUCCCUUAGUCAAGCUGAGGCUGAUGCGGCUAGAAUGAGGAAGAAAUGGGGUAAUGCACAAAAGCCUAUUAUUCUCGGUAAUUCCUCCAAUAACAAUAAUCAUUCGAAGAAGGAUGUGACAAAAGGAUUUAAAAGAUUACUGAAGUUUGGUAGGAAGAGUCGCGGAACAGAUAGUUUGGCUGAUUGGAUUUCCGCAACUACUUCUGAAGGCGACGAUGAUACUGAAGAUGGACGAGAUCUUGCUAACCGUUCAUCAGAUGAUCUGAGGAAGUCCAGAAUGGGCUUCUCACAUGGCCAUCCUUCUGAUGACAGCUUGAAUGAAGGCGAGCUUUACCAUGAACAAGUAGGAAACAGUUCUAUCCCAGCAGCACCUUCUGGGAAUUUUAAGAUGAGGGGAGAAGAACACUUAUCUGGAAGCUCAAUUAAAGCUUCGAGAUCGUUCUUUUCUUUAUCGUCGUUCCGAAGCAAAGGGAGCAGCAGCGAGUCGAAGCACAGGUGAUGGUUGUCGGGUUUGUUUGUUAUCACGAUGAAUAACAAGAGUUGUUUAUUGAAGUAAUGAUUAUAAGUAAAUGCUUUUUAUUUCUUGUAUAUUUAGUGGAGUGAAAAAAAACAACCUGCCCAUGACCGGAAUGUUUAAAAUUUUGGUAGAAAAAAAAAUGGCAUUCUUUUAUCAUCUAUUGUUUUAUGUUGUAUAAACUAGACAUUCGGUGAUGUAUAUUAGAAACUCCACAUUGUUGUUAUUUACUCUUGAGUAAGUGAGACAGAUUAUUAUUUUUUUUGCUUUAAUAUUAGGAUGAUAGCAUUUUUACAAC